AUGAGUCAGCGCAAAAGAGUGUGUCAUAGUCAUACUAUAAAUGGGAACUCUUACACUACUCUAAACAUUAGUUGUGUGAUAGAUUGGGUGCUUUUCUGAGUCCUGUUUACAGCUUGAGUGUUUGGGAUAGCCAUGAAAUUACUCUCCGAGUCCACCUCCUGCUUGUUAUUUUUAUUUUUAUUGGUGGAACUUCCUGUCUUAGCAAUGUCUCAUCCAGCCCCAGGGAGAAAUCACAAAGACGUCCUGACCAUGCUGUUUCAGAAAAUGCGCCAGCUGAAUAUUGUAGUGCAAGGAGUCACGCACCACUUUGACAACAGUUUACCCAGUAAACACAAUCUUACCUCACUGCCUUCUCUACACUUCAGUAGAAAAGACUUAGUAGCAGAAAAGGCAAAUAGCACCAUAAAUCAGCUAUCUUCAGGCCUCCACUUAUACAAGUUGCACUUUGAUUGGCUGCUGUACUGGUACAACCAAUCAGGGCUGGCAUCAAAUCAAAUCAAGGAAAUUUCUGAGGAAAUCCAAUCUAUCAUCAUGCUUGUCCAAAGACAGACAGAUACUCCUGCACAAAACACUUCUCUCUCCCUACCUACUCUUACAUCUGCCUGGGAAAUAUACGGGACAUCUGCAGUAAUUCACAAGAAACUACUGGUCUUCUCUGACUUGUAUAUUCGAGCUCUAUGGGUCCUGAAGUCUUAUGCAAAAACGGAGGCCAUGCGAACAACAGAAGACACAUGCAAGCUCAACGAAGAUAGAUUUUCAACUGUGAGAAUGCUUGACAGUGGCCAGUUAUUUCUACCUUUGCUUAUAUUCUUAUUUACUUUGUCUAUUUAUAUUUUUGUAUGUUUUGGUACAUGUGUAUUUAAUAUUUAUGUGUAUUUAUUGAAAAAUUUUGAAAAAUGAAGUAUUUUUUGUUUCUGAGAAAGCACUUUAUAGGAUGUUGUU